CCCGAGCGUCGUCAUCGUCGUCGUCGUCGUAUCGUGUGUGUUUUCGGCAUUGCGUCGUCGUGCAAAUGGCGGUCGUCGCGAUGUUUGGUGCGAUAUCGUUCCAAGUGACGAAUUAACUGCGCCGCGGUGUUGGCGCAGCAUCUGACGAGCGUUGAUAACACAAUAGGACGUAUUGGUGCCGCGAACGCGGAUCGCUCGCAGCCGUCAUGGUGAAACUAACGAAGAAAUUCGUCACCGGUGACAAGGUGUUUGCGAAAGUUCGAGGUUACCCGCCAUGGCCAGCCAGAGUCGAGAAGAUAAGUGAUCCAAACUCCAAGAAUGCCAGAUACAACGUUUAUUUUUAUGGCACAGGAGAAACAGCUGUUUGCAAAGUCGAGGAGUUAUACAGCUAUGCCGAGAACAAGGCAAAGUUCUGCAAACCUAGUCGACGAAAGUUCUUUCACGAGGGCAUACAGCAACUUGAACAGGAACUCAAGAAUGACCGAAGUAAGCCGUUGGCAGACAUUGCUGCCAUUAAAGUGAAAUCUGCAGUUACAGAAGAUGCUUUGUCCAAAGGUAACGACGCGACAGUAUUGCCAACUGUUAGCGCUGCAGAUAGUGACAUGGAAUCUGGUUCUCUAGUGAUAGAUGAAGGAGAGAAGAAGAAACCGUUGAAGAGAAAAGCUUUUUCAUCUACCUCUAAUACUCCUGAUACACCGGAAGUGAAGAAGAAACGUGGCAGAGGGAAGACCUCAAAUGACACGUCGAAGCAGGAAGCCGCUUUGGAUUCGCAGGGCGAGGAGUCGCCUAAGGAGGUGGUCAGUCGCAGCGGCCGUAAAAUCAAGCCGAAACGCUUUGCUGACUUCUCGAGCUCGGAAGAAACUGAAAUCAAUACAGAGAAGAAUGAGCAUUCUGGGCGAGGUCGUAAACCGAAGAGUGAAGAUUCUAAUCAAGUAUCCUCAAACGUGAUACACAAGAAGAGGGCUGCUCUGGAAAAGAGAAACAGUGUGGGCGAAGGAUCGAUACUCGACGGCACCGUGAUAUCGAGCGCCGCAUCUUCUGACGCGCCAAGCCGCGUUCUCCUAGCUCGCACGUUCGCCGGGGAACACGUGGGCAUCAGGCUGGACAUGGACAGACCGAAAACCUUCGAGAGCGAGAGGGCGCGAACUCAAUGGGACUGGUCGACCGCUAGAAACGCUAUGAAACUCAAAGCGCAACUGGAAAGUGGGGAGAUUCUGCCGGAACAGGUGAAGGAUUCGUUAGAUUUUAACGUGCCCGUCUCGGAAGAUGAGAAGCGUGUCUCAGCGAAGGACGGAGUUCAUCGCAAGACGUACAAGCUGAGAUGGCUGCGUACAGAGGCUCAACUUCUGCAAUUAGAUGCUCAAAUAAAAUCUAAUUUGGGAUUGGAUCGAGCCAACACGGACAAGUGCUUACAGGCGAUGGACGACAUCCUGGCCCUUUCGAUUGAUCCCCUAAUGCUGAAGAAGCAUCCCCACAUUGUCGAAACGGUGAAAAGGCUGCGACGAUACAUCGGCAAUUUAGGAGAAUGGAAACUGAACGAAGAAGAAGGGACUGUUUUCAAGCAAAAGGCGGAGCAAAUCAGACAGAAGGCCGAGCACAUAUACAACAAGUACAAGGCUAUGUUUACCAUACCCGAGGGCCAGUCUUUCUGGCAAUCAUUCUCAAAUCAAGUGGUCCAUUUUAAGGAAUUGACAAAGAACAUGUCCGAGGAGAAGGUGUUCUCACUGAUGUCUGAUCCUGCUUGUCAGCCAGAUGUAGACGCAGGUAGAUCGGUGGAUUCGCCUGCGAAUGACAGUGGCAAUCAACUGGAGGCGGAUGCGGCGGCAGCGGAUGAGACAGAACCGGCGGCGGAACCGGAAGCACAGGCGGGAGCUGAACCCGAGCCUGAAGCUGAAGCUGAACUUGAGCUUGAACCAGCAGCGGAGCCAGAAGCCGAAGCGAAAACAAACGUGGAAUCUGAAUCGAAAUCAGAACCGAAGGCAGGAGCAGAAGCUAAGACGGUAGAGCGGGCGCAGACAGCGACGGAAACGAAAUCAGAGUCGGUUGUCGAGGCGGAAGUAGCAGCAGAAGUGCCUACUAGAAGCGGGAGUCCUAAAGAAAAGGAGGAGGUCAAGUAACAUAUGUAAACUCCUUAAUCUGAUAAUAUAAAACUUGCUUAUUUUCUUGUAUAUCGUUAUGGUACUAAAAAUACGAGCAUAUUAAAACUGAAGUACAUCGGCCGCAUUUGUAGAGCGACAUCACUUUCAUCGUGAUAAAAGUUCUGACAAGGGACAUACAACCUAUCAUACCUAUCAUUUGGUUUUUAUUCUCUUUGGCGUAUUUCGAUAAAGCUCAAUUUCAACUACAAUACGUCAAAGCCAUUUGAAUCGGUAAUGCCUAGUUCCAGAAAUAUGGGCCCGAAAAGAUUCAGCAGAUGAGAGGGCAUAGUGGCUAUUUUUGUUAAGUACAUUGAACUUUAUGAGACAUGCUAGCACACAAAAUCUUCUGAAUACAGAACGAACAAUCUGAUGGUCGUAACAUCUUUAUGGGCAAAUCGAGACUUGCAAGGACAAAAGUGCUCUCGGCGGGAGCGCUAUGCCCUCUUAUCCGCUGGAUCUUUUUGGGCUUAUACUUCUGGAACUAGGCAUUACCGAUUCGAAUGGCUUUGACGUAUUAUAUUUGAGAUAGUGCUGUGUCGAAAUAUACCAAAGAGAAUAAAAACCAAAUGUAUAAUAGGUUGCAUGUCCCUUGUGAGAUUCACAUCUUCCCAUCGGUGUUUUCAUUAAGGUGCUAUUUCAUGCUGUCGCUCGUCGCUCAUUUUUAGCGUCAAAACAGAUCACGUGAUCAAAAUUGACCAUUGUCCAGCGUUAAUUUUGAUCACGUGACUUGUUUUGACGCUAAAAAUGAGCGACGAGCGACACAAUGAACAUUUACCUUUACGCUACAUGACUCUUUCGAUUGACGCGCAGAAGUUUCUUGCAAGUUGAGUCUGUCGGUGUAACCGUAUAUCGAAUUAAUUACGCGCGCGAUUAUGUAAGGAGUAAUGUCGAAACCCGAGAACGAGACAACUGACCGCCGAUGUACGUUUAUUUGUGAGUUUAUUUCGAGUUAGUUUAAAAAUUCGUAUUUUUUAUGAAAGAAGAAAAAUGGAAUAUAAAAGAUAAAAAUUAAAUUAGAAUUUAUUCUUAUGGAUGUGCGUGACAUGCAAUUAGUAUUGUUACUGUGACGACGAAUAAAAUAUUAAAAAGGAUCUUUUCUGAAAUCUUCUGAAGAAUGAUUAACGAGAAUGAAUGUGUGAUCGAUAUUACUUUUGCGCACAUGGAUACCGAGCUUAGUCUCUUGGAUGAGUCAUGUCAUCUCACCCGAUGAAUUUACUACAGAAUACACAUAAUGUAUCCGUAUCAUACUGCAGUUCACGUUAUCACUUGACAUCUGCAAUCAUUGAAUGGACAAUAUCGGACAAGUAUUCACUCUGUCAUUGAGGGGGGGGGGGGAUGCGACGGUUGACACGGUGAAUAAAAUUUGAAUAAGACGUAUAGUAUUUUCACUUGAAAGCAAACGCUGUCAUGUAUCGAAAUACUACUAGUCUUUGUAUAUUCGGCCAGUGCCAUGGAGAAAAUUUGUAAAGUGCACAUUAACACUGUUAUUAUCACAUAAAACUUAUUUAGUUAUUACAAUUGAUGUUAGUAAUAAAUGUCAUAUUGCAUA